GGAAAAAAAAGAAAGAAAAUAAAAUAUUAAUAAUCAAAUGUUUCGUCAAAGUCGUUGAAAACUCCGAGAGAAGCCCCAAUCCACACACCAAAGUGUAUUUUCUAUGCUCUUCUCUUUUUCUAAAAACGCGGAUUCGGCAAUGCUUUGAAUCCAAUUUCCAUGGUUUUAUAAACCCUCACAAUUUGAUGACCAAAUCUUCAGAGUCUGAGAAACGAGAUUCAGACAAGUAGUAGAAUCACACACAAAAAUAAACAAUAAGUGUAAGAGAGUUGCACUGUUUUCCUUGUUUUUGUUUUUAUUGUUUUGUUUUUUGUUUCUGGGUUUGUUUAUUAGAGAGAGAGAGAGAUUUUGGUGCUGCAGAGGUCUUGAUUUUCCAAGAGAUUUGUGCAUCUUCAAAAUUUGUUUGCAGGUAAAUUGAGGGGAAAUAUUUCGCAGUGUUUUUUUUAGUAACCCUAGAUAACGUUCGAAUUCCAUGGCCUCCGCUGCGAUAGUAUCGUCUCUGCGGCGGCGGAGAUCGCCGUCUUUGGAGGCUUUCUUGGCGCCGGUGGAUCUAAACGAGGUGGCUCUUGUACGGACACUGGCCACCAUCUCCAUGGAGCUUAUAUUUGCGUUUUCCGAUAGGCCUUGGCCGUUUCAGCGCAAGAAUUCGAGGUCCUUGAUUCGGAAAAUUGAGGUCUUUCUGGUGCUGUUAGAGUUCCUGAGGGAUUGCAAUUUGAGUCUGCCUUCGGCGGCGGUGCUUUGCUUCAAGGAGCUUUACCUGCUUCUGUAUCGGUCGAAGAUACUUCUCGAUUAUUGCUUGCAAUCAAGUAAAUUGUGGCUUCUGUUGCAGAACCAGUCGAUUUCGGGGCAUUUUCAUGAUCUUAAUCAGGAAAUUUCGACGCUGUUGGAUGUAUUUCCGAUGGAGGAACUUGAAUUGACUGAAGAUAUAAGGGAGCAGCUUGAGCUUUUGCAGAAACAGGUGAGGAGGGCGAAGUUGUUUCUUGAUAAGAAUGAUGAGGGGUUGAGGCUGAGGUUGUAUUCUUUUCUUGAUGACUUUGGGAGUGGGCGGAUUCCUGAUCCAGUGGAGCUGCGGUUGUUUUUUGUGGAUAGAUUAGGGAUUCGGGAUGCGAAGAGUUGUAGGGCUGAAAUUGAGUUUUUGGAGGAGCAGAUUUAUAGUCACGAGGGAGAUGUUGAGCCGAAUGUUGCUGUGCUUAAUGGGUUCGUUGCGCUUACUCGAUAUUGCAGAUUCUUGCUAUUUGGAUUUGAGGAGAGCGAGGUAGAAAUGAGUUUUGGGAUUAAGAAGCCGAGGAAAGGGUUGAUUACUCAAGAAAUUGGGGAUACCUUCAUAACAGUCCCCAAGGACUUUUGUUGCCCCAUAUCUUUGGAUGUGAUGCGAGACCCAGUAAUAAUUUCAACAGGACAGACAUAUGAUCGAACUUCAAUAUCAAGGUGGAUGGAAGAAGGGCAUUGUAGUUGCCCAAAGACAGGGCAGAUGCUUGCUCACCCUCGCCUUGUUCCCAAUCGAGCUCUCAGGAAUUUGAUCACACAAUGGUGCACUGCUUAUGGAAUCACCUUGGAUCCACCAGACAGCCCAGAUAGUGUUGUAGAAACUUUUGCAGCAGCUUUGCCAACCAAAGCUGCUAUUGAAGCCAACAAAGCCACAGCAGCGCUUCUCGUCCAACAGCUUGCAAGUGGUUCACAGGGUGCAAAGACUGUAGCUGCCCGUGAGAUACGUUUAUUAGCAAAAACAGGGAAGGAAAACCGUGCGUAUAUAGCAGAAGCUGGGGCAAUCCCCCAUCUUCUCAAGCUACUCUCAUCUCCAAAUUCUGUCGCACAAGAGAAUUCUGUAACGGCAAUGCUUAACCUAUCAAUAUAUGACAAGAACAAAAGCCGAAUUAUGGAUGAGGAUGGGUGUUUAGGUUUGAUUGUUGAAGUUCUGAUAUUUGGGCACACAACGGAAGCAAGGGAAAAUGCAGCUGCGACAUUGUUCAGCCUUUCUGCUGUUCAUGAUUAUAAGAAGAGAAUAGCGGACGAGGGUGGGGCAGUUGAAGCCCUGGCAGGGCUGUUGAGAGAGGGAACCCCAAGAGGAAGGAAAGAUGCUGUAACGGCUCUAUUUAAUCUAUCAACCCACACAGAUAAUUGUGCCAGAAUGGUAGCGUCAGGGGCUGUAACUGCAUUAGUAGCGGCCUUGGGAACUGAGGGGGUUGCAGAGGAAGCAGCGGGAGCAUUGGCCUUGAUUGUUAGGCGGCCAAUUGGGGCUGAAGCAGUAGGGAGGGAGGAAAUGGCAGUGGCUGGGUUAUUAGGAAUGAUGCGGUGUGGGACUCCAAGGGGGAAAGAGAAUGCAGUUGCAGCAUUGCUUGAACUGUGCAGAAGUGGCGGGACAGCUGCAACAGAAAGGGUCCUUAAGGCUCCAGCGCUGGCUGGUUUGCUUCAGACUCUGUUGUUUACAGGUACAAAGCGCGCUAGGAGAAAGGCUGCAUCCCUUGCCAGAGUUUUCCAGAGGUGUGAGAAUGCAGCCUUGCAUUUUGGUGGACUUGGUGUAGGGUAUGCAUUUGCCAGAAACUCAUCUGCAAAUACCGAUGCAAGCUUUUCUAGUGAGGUUUCCAUGCAAAUGCCCAUUUCAGUGCCUGUUUUGUAGUGUUAACAUCUGCCUUGUGUUACUGUGUUCCCUGGUUAUUUAUGCACCAUUUUUGUUGGUAAUGUUCACAAAUUCUUUCAUUGAAAUGUUAAGAGGAGGUGGGAAAAGAAAGUUAUAGGAAUACCAUAUUUGAUGUUUUAGAAA